AUGUCGGCAAGUAGUACAGCAGCUCCUCUCACGGAUCAGGAGAGGGAAGAGCUGCGACAGCGGCUGCAGCAGCGACGACAGGAGCUGCAGCAGCAGCAGCAGCACGUGCGACAGCUGCAGGGCAAGGCUUCAGAUGCUGUAAGGGAGAGUGUCUUAGCUUACGGAAAUGCUGGUGGUGGUGGUGCUGCUGCUGGGGAGGAGACCGACAUAUCUCAGGCAGUUGAAACCCUCAGUCGUGGGGUUCAGGCAUGCAUAGAAGGCAGCGCUGAGGCCUCAGAGCGCACCCCGAGCAGUGAAGGGGAGGCGGGGCUAACAGCGGCAAACACCCUUACUAAGGCCCUGACGCUGAAGGUGACGAGUCCGCUGCUGCCUGCAGCAGAACUGGGACGCGGCCGCGCUGCUGCUGCUGCUGCUACUGCUGCUCCGCCAGCAGCUACUGCUGCUUCCUCCAAAGCCUUUCAUAUUGCGGGUGAGGCAGAGAGGCGUCGUUUGAUGGCCACUGCGGAGUUUCGCGACUUCUUCACCACCUCCACGAAGCUGGUUGAGAGGACUCUGGGAGAGGCGGAGGUAUUUAAUCCUUUUGCAGAUUAUGAAGGCACAGAUGCGGGCGUUCAUGGGGAGUCUGUUGAUUUAGCGAUGUUAAUGGAGGUGUACAGAGACCGUCGAUAUUCCCCAAACCGCCCUAUCACAGACAUGCAUUUUUCUCAGACAUUUCCUGAGUUAUUUCUGGCUGCUUAUGGAGGCCCUUGCAGCAAAUAUAAUAAUGAAAAUUGCCCAGCAGGCUGCGUCUUAGUAUGGAAUUUAGCAAUGAAAGAUAGACCUGAGUAUGCGCUUACCUGUCAGCGGAAGCCAGUGCAGCGAACGCCAUUGUCUUCUAGAGGGCAUGCAAGUGCGGUGUAUUCACUGGAGUUAGUAGGAACAAAGAAUGCACACAAUUUAGUCUCCGUAGAUACAGACGGCCGUCUCUGUCAGUGGUCCUUGCAAAUGAUGGGACAACCCGCUGAGACUUUAGAUUUGAAGAGAGGGAGCAGAGAAGUGUGCGUAGAGUGUUUUGCAUUUGCUGAGGCUGAAGUAAAUUAUCUGCUCUUAGGCGCAGAAGACGGCUUCAUCAUGACAGCAAAUAUUCACGGAAACAAAGCCGGGGUAUUGGAUGCCUUCGAAGGCCACGGUGGUGCUGUGACAUCUCUUCAUUUUCACUCUGCUGCUGCAGAGGGAGCGAGCGACUACUCGCAUUUGCUGCUGUCUUCUUCUGUUGAUUGGUCUAUUAAACUCUGGAGCAGCAAGAACCUGGGGGAGCCGCUGGCUUCCUUUGAAGGCGGAGACGCCUACGUAUACGACGUUAAGUGGCAUCCAACGAACGCAGCAAUAUUCGCAAGUGCGAGCGGCAGCGGAAGUGUGGACAUCUGGAACCUCGCUAAUGACUGGGGGAGGCCAGUGUUCAGCAGCCCCAAGCCUGAAGUGGCUGUCGGAGUGCAUGCAGCAAAAAGUAAAAUUGUUUGGUCUGGCGACGGCCGAAGAAUUGCAGUCGGAGACGCCAGAGGAAAUGCUGAAAUUUGGAAUGUGUCGCCUCAGAUAUACCAACCGCGAGCAGAAGACAGCGAAAAAUUCGACAGACAAAUUGAGGGGGCCAAACCGGUGAGCAGUGAAGACGUCUCUGAGGACACAGCGGGCCCUCUGGGCUUCGGCGGAGAGUGA